CCCCUCUCGCCCUGGCCGCUCGCGCAGCUGCUCGGCUCUUGCUAUAUAAAGGGGCGAAGCGGGCAGAGCGGGCGGCUGGUGGCGGCGGCUGCAGCCCGAGGGCCGGCGAACGAGGCCGGGCGAGGCCGCGGGGCUCCCCGUGUGCCGGGGCGGGACGCGCGGGGCUCGGGGGGGACGCGCCGGGCAGGUUUAUUGUUUUAGGGGCGACUCCGCCGCGGUGGGGGUGUCCCGGGGGGCUCGGGACAUGGCGAGCUCGGCUAACACAAACCCCGUGGUCCGUAAUUGAAGAUGUCAUCAAUGAUGUCCGAGAAGUUUUUCUGGAUGAAGGAGUAGAUGAACAAGUCCUUUUGGAACUCAAAACACUGUGGGAGAACAAGCUGAUGCAGUCCAAGGCUGUAGAUGGGUUUCAUUCAGAAGAACAGCAACUUUUGUUGCAGGUUCAGCAGCAGCAACAGCAGCAGCAGCAUCAUCACCACCAUCAUCAUCAUCAUCCACAACCACAGCAGACUGUGCAGCAGCAAUCCCAGACACAACAAGUCCUUAUUCCUGCAUCCCAGCAAGCACCUCAGCAGCAGGUUAUUGUGCCAGAUUCAAAGCUGAUACAGCACAUGAAUGCAUCAGGCAUGAGUGCAGCUGCCACAGCAGCUACCUUGGCUUUGCCUGCUGGUGUUACUCCUGUUCAGCAGAUACUUACAAAUUCAGGCCAGAUCCUGCAGGUAGUUAGAACUGCAAAUGGAGCUCAGUAUAUCAUUCAGCAACAGCAGCCAGUGGUUCUACAGCAACAGGUUAUACCACAGAUGCAGCCGGGUGGUGUACAAGCUCCUGUUAUACAGCAGGUUUUGGCUCCUAUCCCUGGAGGGAUCUCCCAGCAGACAGGAGUGAUUAUUCAGCCGCAGCAAAUCCUAUUUACAGGGAACAAAACACAGGUCAUACCCACAACAGUGGCAGCUCCUACACCGGCACAAGCACAGAUUACUGCUGCCGGUCAGCAGCAACCACAGCAACAGGCGCAACCACAAGCACCACUUGUACUCCAAGUUGAUGGAGCUGGAGAUACAUCUUCUGAAGAAGAAGAAGAUGAGGAAGAAGAUUAUGAUGAUGAUGAAGAGGAAGACAAAGAAAAAGAUGGAGGUGAAGAUGGCCAGGUUGAAGAGGAGCCCCUUAAUAGUGAAGAUGAUGUGAGUGAUGAGGAAGGACAAGAGCUGUUUGAUACAGAGAAUGUUGUCGUAUGUCAGUAUGAUAAGGUAAAAUCUCUAAAAAUAGAAUUUUUAUGAAUGUUACUUUUCCUUGUUCCUCUUUCUCUGCUCCCC